CCCAUUGGCGACUUUGUGUCUUCACAGCCCAGCCAGAUGGAGGACACCAUGUCUGGGGAGGAGGGUGAGGAGGAGGAAGAGGAAGAGGAGACAGCCCCAGCCCCAGCUCCUGCCCCUACCCCCGAAGACCCCGUGGAGCCCCAGCUGACAGAAGCCAGCCAGGUGCUCGGUGCCUCGGAGAUCAGGCAGCUUAGCCUCCACCUCCCCGCACGAGUCACCGGCCACCCCUGGAGUCUCGUUUUCUGUACGUCGAGGGACGGCUUUAGUCUGCGGAGCCUGUACCGGCAGAUGGAAGGCCACAGUGGGCCAGUGCUGCUGCUCCUGAGGGACCAGGAUGGGCAGAUGUUUGGCGCCUUCUCCUCCUCAGCCCUUCGACUCAGCAAGGGCUUCUACGGCACAGGCGAGACCUUCCUCUUCUCCUUCUCCCCACAGCUGAAGGUCUUUAAGUGGACAGGAAGCAACUCUUUCUUUGUGAAAGGAGACUUGGAUUCCCUGAUGAUGGGCAGUGGCAGCGGCCAGUUUGGGCUAUGGUUAGACGGAGACCUGUAUCACGGGGGAAGCCACCCCUGCGCGACCUUCAACAAUGAGGUGCUGGCCCGGCGCGAGCAGUUCUGCAUCAAGGAGCUGGAGGCCUGGGUUCUGAGCUGAUGCCCUGUGCCAGCAGCUUCCUGGGCCACAGGGACUCAGACCUGCUCAUGGACGCUGUCCAGGUCUUCCUCACAUGGGGCAGCCCCUUCUGAAACUAGGAUGACAUACUCAUGUUGACUCUGGCUGUUGGACAGCCUCCUUAUGGCUUGAGGACAGACAGGUAGGGGGGCAGACACUGUUCUGCAUAAGUGAUCUGAAUAUGUGAAAGACACACCUUACCCAAGAAGCAGAGUACCUCAUGAAAAUUAUUGUUAUAGGAAUUCAACAGUGAAUACAUGUUUAUUGGAGAAAACCCAGAAGACACAGAAAAAAUUUUAAAUUGCCAGGUGUGGUGGGACACAGCUACUUGAGAGGCUGAGGCAGGAGGUAAGCAAGUUCAAGGCCAGCCUAAGUAAC